UUAAUAAAAAACAAGAAUACUAAAGUUUUAUAAACAGAAUAAAAGAACAUUUUAUGGUUGUGAACAUAUAACCAGCAAUGUCAAAACAGUGUGAUGUAUGUUCAUUGUAUUUUCAAGAUGAAUGUACCUUGCAAGCACAUCUUGCAGGUAAAAAACACUUAAAGAAACUCAAACAGCUCCAAGUAAUGGAAACAUCAAUUGUUGUCUCACCGUUACCAAAAUUUAUAUCUGCCUGUAAACUUAUUAACUUUUUUCAACAAUAUGGAACAAUUAAACAGCAUCAAUUUGGUCCACAAUAUCUUAAAAUUGAGUUUCAUGAUAGACAUUCUGUGGACGUUUUAUCAAACAAACCAAUUUUGAUAAAUAAUGUAAAAUUGAACAUUAAAAAAGGAACAUCAUAUAAUGAUGUAAGUAAUUCAAAAUCAGUGGACCAAUAUGAACAUGUAGGAAAUGCAGAUUCAAUAAGUUACAAUAACAUAGAAAAAAUAUUUAAUGAAAAUACUACAUUUGAUAAUCAGCUUCAGAUGUUUUUAAAUGCAGUACAACUUACUGAUACUGAAAUAGAAUCAAAAUAUGAAUCUGUUUGUACCGACUUAAAUAAAAUAUUUAAAGUGAUAUUUCCAAACUGCAAAACAUACAAAUUUGGUUCAAUUCAAACAGGAUUAGGUUUUAAAGAAUGCGAUUUAGACAUAUAUAUGGAUGUAAGAUAUAAUAGUAUGUAUACUACAUUUUCCUUUAUUCAAGGUGAUCCAAUAUAUGAAGCUGAAAGUGCAUCUGCAGAUUUCAAGACUACAACGAAGAUUUUUAGAAAAGUGAAAAGAGUUAUGUACAAAAUGAACUAUGUUUUUUCUAACAUAAUAUCAAUUCCAAGAGCUAAAACUCCUAUUAUAAAGUUUUAUUAUGUUCCAACACACGUUUCUUGUGAUAUAUCGUUUAAAAAUAGUUUAGGUAUAUAUAAAAGUUCUUUCAUCAAAUAUUGCAUCUCUCUUGAUAGCAGGAUAAAACCAUUAAUAAUGAUUAUUAAAUAUUGGACAAGACAUUUUAAGAUAUCAGGUACAGGAAAGAUAUGCAAUUAUGCUUUAGUAUUGUUAACUAUUUUUUAUCUACAACAGCCAACUGUCAAUAUUAUUCCUCCCAUGAUGAUACUUCGAAAUUCAUGUCCACCACUAAUUAUAAACGGGUGGCAAGUUAACUUUGACGAAAAUACUGUAUUACCUCCAAUUACAAAUCAGAAUAGUAUUGCACAACUUCUUCAUGGUUUCUUUCUUUUCUAUGCAUCUUUUCAAUUUAAAUCACAAGUAAUAUGUCCCAUAGAUGGAAUGACACAUACAGAAUUAGAAUUUAAAGAAGUAUACAAUUUACCAUCAUGUAUGGAUACAUAUAAAACAUACGUGAAAGAAGAUGGAAGCCUUAAAUUAAAUGUUAAUAAAUUAAUGUGUGUGCAGGAUCCUAUAGAAUUAAAUCAUAAUGUUACUGCAUGUACGCAAUACUCUACAUUGAAUUCUUUUGUAUCAUAUUGUGCACUUGAUGCUGGAAUUUGCACAAUGAGUAGUAAAGAUGAUUAUAGAAAUCUUAUGAAAACUUUGCUCACAUCAAGUAUAAAAAAAAAACCUUGCAAAGGUAAAUUUAUAGUUACAAUUUCUGCAAAACGAUGUCAGUAUCAUAAUGACUCAAAUAACAUGGAAACAAGUAUAGACACUGUAGAUAAGACAAAACUUACAAGCAGUGACUGGUAUUUUACAGUUUUUACAAUACUGAAAUCUAUUUUUGAAAACAUUUUCAAGGUACAAACUGAAGUUUUUACAGCUAAUAUAGGAGCAGGACAACAAAAAAUUGAAAUAUUAUCAGAUGUGCAAAUGGAAAAGCACCAAAAAAUUAUAUUUCAUUGUACUGGAUCACAUUGUGUAUGGCGCAAUAGAAAAGUUAAUAGUAUUGUUUUGGACCCUAGCUUAAGUUGCUUACGAAAAGAAAUUUUUAUAACCAAACUAACAAUAGAAAGUCGCGAUAAAAAGGAUAUUACAAAUAGAAUAAAUUUAGAUUUUUUAUGUACAUUUGAAAAGAGACAUCCUUUAAAAGUUAUCUUAACUGUAACUAAUCAACAUAGUAAUUAUCAUAUUUUUAAAGAAUUUGAAGGUUUUGCUAAAUGUAAAUUAGUGGGAAUAAUAGAACAAACAUUAAUUCAUAUGCAACAAUUCAACAAGUGUUACUAAAUUUGUAUACAAUAUGAUCACACAUUAAGUAUGCAAUUAUGGACCAAA